GUCAGCCUGCUCUUUCUCCCCGUCAAAACUGGAGAGAGAGAGAGAGAGAGAGAGAGAGAGAGAGAGAGAGAAUAGAGAAAGAGAGAGAGAGAGAGAACGGAACGGCAGAGCUCCCUUCUCCCCCAUUCAGACAGAAGGACAGAGAGUCAGAACGGAACAGAACGGAGCUCAGAGGACACACGGACAUAGAGCCGCUGUCCACAGACAAACUUCAGCAUGGCUAGGCGACCGAGACACAGUGUGUACAGUAGUGAGGAAGAUGAUGAUGACAGUGAGAUGUAUGAACAUGACUAUGACGGACCGCUGCCCAAGCCGAGCAAACGCCAUCUAGGCAAGACACGCUGGACACGAGAAGAGGAUGAGAAGCUGAAGAAGUUAGUAGAACACCAUGGAUCAGAAGACUGGAAGGGCAUCGCUAGUUUCUUACCUAACCGUACAGACGUUCAGUGUCAACACCGCUGGCAGAAGGUUCUCAACCCAGAACUUAUCAAAGGUCCCUGGACCAAGGAGGAGGACCAGAGAGUUAUCGAGCUAGUCCAGAAGUAUGGAGCCAAGCGUUGGUCGGUAAUCGCCAAGCACCUGAAGGGUCGGAUAGGGAAGCAGUGCAGAGAGCGCUGGCACAACCACCUGAACCCCGAGGUGAAGAAGACUUCCUGGACCGAGGAAGAGGACCAGAUCAUCUACCAGGCCCACGAGAAACUGGGCAACCGCUGGGCCGAGAUCGCCAAACUGCUGCCUGGCAGGACUGAUAAUGCCAUCAAGAACCACUGGAAUUCUACAAUGCGUAGGAAGGUGGAGCAGGAAGGUUACCUUCAGCAAGCCGCCAAGUCUGGCCACGCAUCCCUCGCCGUCUCUCCCGGUUACGCCAAGGCCAACAACCACAUCAUGAGCUUCCCUCACCCUCUCCCGCCUCUCUCCCCCUUCACAGGGAACCACCCCUAUAUUUCGGACCACAGGGUGCCCUUCCCCCGAGGGCUGCACGUCAACAUCCUGAACAUUCCACAGCACGGAACAGCUGCUAUACAGAGACAUUAUAGUGAGGAGGACCCAGAGAAGGAGAAGAGGGUGAAGGAGAUUGAGCUGCUGCUGAUGUCAACAGAAAAUGAGCUGAGGGGACAGCCUGCACUACCUAUCCACCCGUACUCCAGCUGGUCAGGUAAUGACAGCUCAGAAGGCGUGGCCACAUCGUGCCAUCACCACCAGGCCGCCGGCCCCUGCCUCCCCGAGGAGAGCGCCUCUUCCUCACGCAGCAACAACAGCAACAAUAACAACAACAAUAACAGUCACCAUGGCAGCCACGCCCUCUCCAAUCUCCCAGAGUUCAUGGAGUCAGUUAUCGACUCGUUUCUCAACCAAUCGGCGAGCCCGGAAAGCUCAGACAGCGACAGCCUACCAAUGAGCUCCCAGAAACCCCUGCUGGCCACGCCUCUACACCGAGACCACACCCCCCGAACCCAGAAAAAGAACGACAUGUUCAGGACUCCUACUAUCCGUCGUUCCCUCCUGGACUUGUCUCCUCGUACCCCGACCCCGUUCAGGUCUUCCAUGGUAGAGUGUAUAAAACAGGAACCCAUGGAGUGUGUUGUCUCAGUCGGAGGCUCUCCGGACCAACAGCCGACCUUAAAGAUGAUCAAACAAGAGGUGGAGUCUCCCUGUCUGCAGUGGAAGGGGUCAGACCUCUCUGCACACCUCUUCUCCUCCUCCGGCCCCGUCCAGGAAGUACCUGAUCUGCUGACACGUUCUGUGCUGAGUGAAGACAAACCCUACCACCUCCCUCUCCGACCUCUGGUCAGCCCACUACAGCAGCUCAACACGUGGGACCAAGUGGCUUGUGGGAAGGUGGAGGACCAAGAACAGAACCACAAAUACAUCCACACUUACUCUGCCAGAACCUUGGUCAUGUAACACACACACACACACACACACACACACACACACACACACACACACACACACACACACACACACACACACACACACACA